AUGUCACGCGAAUGGGUAGAGGAGGACAACAGCCGUAGUAUUUCGUACGACAGGAAAGAUGAGCUAAAAUUAAAACAAAGUAUAUCUGAAAGUGAGAGCAUUAGUGGUGAAGAGCACACCAAUCGUCCAAAAAUUAUGAUCACUUCUCCGUCUGCUCACCGACUCAUUAGAUCUCAAGCCAUUCAUUACUACCAUCCAUACCAUCCAAACCAUCGCCAACACAACCAGUACUCCAACAUAGAAGAGGACAGUUGGGAGAGUUGUGUGGACGUGCCCUCCAGGACAGCCUUUCCUACUACAAGCUCCGACACCACUGCCGCCGCCAUUCACUCGAUGCCAGAGAGCGUCUCCCGGGCCUCGUCUCAUACAACCAGUCAAUCAAAUCAGUCCAACCCUUACAACAGAUAA